AUGUCACGCCUCAACGCCCUCAUCCUCCUCCUCUUCACCUUCGCCUACCCCAUAACCGCCCAAUUCGGCUUCUUCGACCAAAUGUUCGGCGGGGGGAACCACGGCGGUCACAGCCACCACGGCGGCGGUGGCCACAAUCACGGCGAAGCGCAGAACGUGCGGAGCGAUAGUAGUUGGUACCAAGCACAAUAUGAAGGCGCACAAUGCUCGCACUACCUCUGCCCCGGCACACUUUCCUGCGUCCACUUCCCGCAUCACUGCCCCUGCGCGUGGGAGAGUGUGGAAGAUAAGGUUGAGCUUGGGGAUGGAAUUGCGAUUUGUGGAUCAAAGGGUGGGUGGAGUGAGGGCGAGUUUGCGAAGAAGGUGGAUUUGGCGAGGAAAGGGUUGCUUUGA